UCUUGGCCAUGAAAUAUCUGCUCUGAUUAGGAUUUAGGACUAUCCUACUUUAUAGUUUAGCUAUACUUCUACUCUAGUUAGUCACAAUGCAAAUACUUGUGCUACGGUUAAGAUAACUGGACUGGAUGAUUUUCAGAAUAUGGAAAUCAAAUGAUUCGAGUCCUAGGAUGAUUUCCAAGAUUGAUAAGAUAACAGUAGACAACUAGAUCGAAAACCGUGAGCCACUUGUUAACACGAGGAAUGUUGGGAGAGAAUUUGAAGAGGAUGAUCAGUUUUUCUUAUACCUGUCUACUUCUUUCAAUAAUUAAAUUUUGCUGUUGUUCUGUUUGUCUAUUUGAGGUGUAGCCAUAAUUUGUAGGUGAACAAGCAUUAUGAGACAGAAGUAUUGGGUGUUGCAGAGAGACUUCUGAUUCCGGAGCAUCAAGGAGAAAACAUAGUUGAAAUGGAUUUUUCUCGGUAGCUAAAAUUGAUUUAUUUUCAGGAGGUGACUUUCUGGAAUUGAAAGAUCUCGACAACCCUACAUCUUCUUCAAGCUCAGAAAAUUCAAGUGCCAUGAGCAUUUCAUCAGAUGAAGGUUUCGAUUCAAUGGCUUUCUUGCAAGACCUUGAUCAGGACCAAGUUUUCGAACGCAACGACACAGGUAAAAAGUUGAAUGUCUCUGCAUCCAACAGACUGGAAGAGGGGGUUAUAGUUCCGGCCGCUUUAGGAACUCUUUUUAGUAUUCCGGGCAGCAAUUCAGAUAGUGAAGAAUUCUUUAAACAACUGGUUUUAUGUGCAAUUCAUCUUGUGGGAGUAGAAACCUCAACAAGGUCUCAAAGUAUGAGAAAGGGAAUCAAAGGGUUGAAGGUCCGUCAUCGGUGA